GAAGUGGAGAGCAGCGGCCCCGUGGAGGCUGGGCCCGGCGCCUGCACCUUCGACUCCCGGCACCUUUACACCAGGAAGGUCUGCGGAGAGGGCUCCGUCCGCGCCGUCACCUACAACAUCCUGGCCGACAUCUACGCCCAGACGGAGUUCUCCCGCACCGUGCUCUACCCGUACUGCGCCCCGUACGCCCUGGAGCUCGACUACCGGCAGAACCUGCUCAAGAAGGAACUGGCCGGCUACAGCGCCGACCUCCUCUGCUUGCAAGAAGUGGAUAAGUCCGUCUUCGUGGACAGCUUGGCUCCAGCCCUGGAUGCCUUUGGGCUCGAAGGGCUGUUCAAGAUUAAGGAGAAGCAGCACGAAGGCCUGGCUACUUUCUACCGCAGGGACAAGUUCAGCCUCCUUAGCCAGCACGACAUUGCUUUCAGCGAAGCCCUGCUCUCAGACCCAGUGCACAAGGAGUUGUGUGAUAAGCUGGCCAAGUAUCCCUUAGUGCAGGAGAAGGUGCUGCAGAGAUCAUCUGUGCUGCAGGUUUCAGUUCUUCAGUCUACAAGUGAUCCUUCCAGGAAGAUUUGUGUAGCUAAUACCCACCUGUACUGGCACCCAAAAGGUGGGCACAUCCGUCUCAUCCAAAUUGCUGUAGCCUUGUCUCACAUGAAGCACGUAGCAUGUGACUUGUAUCCAAGCAUACCAGUCAUAUUCUGUGGAGAUUUUAAUAGUACACCAUCAUCUGGAACUUACACUUUUAUUAACAGUGGUAGCAUUGCUGAAGAUCAUGAAGACUGGGUUUCAAAUGGUGAAGAAGAAAAGUGUAAUAUGCCCCUAAGCCAUCCUUUCAAACUGCUAAGUGCUUGUGGAGAACCUGCUUACACAAACUAUGUCGGUGGGUUUCAUGGAUGUCUGGACUACAUCUUCAUUGACAGGAAUUCUCUAGAGGUUGAACAGGUCAUUCCAUUGCCAAGUCAUGAAGAAGUAACAACCCAUCAGGCUUUGCCAAGUGUUUCACAUCCUUCUGAUCAUAUAGCACUAAUAUGUGACUUAAAGUGGAAAUAAAAUGCGUGGUGCUUUUGGGGUUUUUCAAACAAGAAAUGUAAUGCUGGGGAACUGAGG